AGGAUGGGAUAGAGUUGGUGGCCCGCCCCUGGGCCUCUUCGCGACCGCCGGAAGACAAAAAAGGCUCGGCGUGGGUAUCGUCGCCCCACGCCCGGAACCCGGUCGCACUGCUUCUUCUGCCGGGGCGCCCGGGACCCCGUCAAGGCGAGGCUGCCCGAGCGCCAGCACCUGUCUCCGCCUCCUCGCCUUGCAGCCGUGCGAAACUCUGGUUGGCUUGUUUUCCAAUCAUACUUUGGUUCUAUCAUUUUUUAAGUCCAGACCUACGACCGCCCAGCUCCAUCACGAAAACUGUCUGACGCCGUGAGUGUUUGGGAACCAGGCCCGUUUGGCUUCCGCAGCCCGGGCGUCCCACCUCCGCGCAGUAGGUCGGGCACCACGGCCCCGGGAACAUCACGGAGAUGAGGAGCAGGAGCAAUUCCGGAGUCCGCUUGGACGGUUACGCGCGGCUGGUGCAGCAAACCAUCCUGUGCUACCAGAAUCCCGUCACAGGGCUGCUGUCUGCCAGUCAUGAACAGAAGGACGCCUGGGUGCGGGAUAACAUCUACAGCAUCCUGGCCGUGUGGGGCCUGGGUAUGGCCUACCGCAAGAAUGCCGACCGUGACGAGGACAAGGCCAAGGCCUAUGAGCUGGAGCAGAAUGUGGUGAAACUCAUGCGGGGUCUUCUCCAGUGCAUGAUGAGACAGGUGGAUAAAGUGGAGAAGUUCAAGCAUACACAAAGUACCAAAGACAGCCUGCAUGCCAAGUACAACACUGCCACCUGCAGCACCGUGGUGGGUGACGACCAGUGGGGCCAUCUCCAGGUGGAUGCCACCUCCCUCUUCCUUCUGUUCCUGGCCCAGAUGACUGCUUCUGGUUUACGUAUUAUCUUCACCCUCGAUGAAGUAGCCUUCAUACAAAAUCUUGUUUUUUACAUAGAAGCUGCAUAUAAAGUAGCUGAUUAUGGAAUGUGGGAACGUGGCGAUAAGACCAAUCAGGGCAUUCCAGAAUUGAAUGCAAGCUCUGUAGGAAUGGCCAAGGCAGCACUUGAGGCAAUUGAUGAACUGGAUCUUUUUGGGGCCCAUGGAGGACGCAAGUCAGUGAUCCAUGUCCUGCCUGAUGAGGUCGAACACUGCCAGUCGAUUCUGUUCUCCAUGCUGCCAAGAGCAUCGACAUCUAAAGAGAUUGACGCUGGACUGCUUUCUAUUAUUUCUUUCCCGGCCUUUGCAGUAGAAGAUGUGAACCUUGUGAAUGUGACCAAAAAUGAAAUUAUUUCCAAGCUCCAGGGGCGUUAUGGAUGCUGUCGCUUCCUUCGAGAUGGUUAUAAAACCCCAAGAGAGGACCCAAACCGCCUGCAUUAUGACCCUGCUGAGCUCAAGCUCUUCGAAAACAUUGAAUGCGAAUGGCCCGUGUUCUGGACGUAUUUCAUAAUAGAUGGGGUCUUCAACGGUGAUGCCGUUCAGGUCCAAGAAUACCGAGAGGCCCUGGAGGGAAUAUUGAUCAGGGGCAAGAACGGGAUCCACCUGCUGCCAGAACUCUAUGCCAUCCCACCUAACAAGGUAGAUGAAGAGUAUAAGAAUCCUCACACGGUGGACAGAAUUCCUCUGGGGAAGCUGCCCCAUCUGUGGGGUCAGUCCUUGUACAUCCUCAGCUCGCUGUUGGCAGAGGGAUUUCUUGCCACUGGUGAAAUUGAUCCCUUAAAUAGAAGAUUUUCCACCUCCGUCAAACCUGAUGUCGUAGUACAAGUUACUGUUCUGGCAGAAAACAACCACAUUAAAGAGUUGUUGAAGAAGCAUGGGAUGGAUGUCCAGAGUAUUGCUGACAUUCACCCAAUCCGAGUCCAACCAGGCCGGAUCCUCAGUCACAUAUAUGCUAAGCUUGGACGGAAUAAGAAUAUGAAAUUGAGUGGGCGACCAUAUCGGCACAUCGGCGUCCUUGGAACAUCUAAACUAUAUGUGAUUAGGAACCAAAUCUUUACUUUCACACCCCAGUUCACCGACCAGCAUCACUUCUACCUAGCCCUGGACAACGAGAUGAUCGUGGAGAUGCUGAGAAUCGAACUGGCCUACCUGUGCACCUGCUGGAGGAUGACGGGCAGACCCACGCUCACCUUCCCCAUCACCAACACCAUGCUCAUAAAUGAUGGCUCAGACAUUCAUUCUGCAGUGCUUUCUACAAUUAGAAAACUAGAGGAUGGAUAUUUUGGAGGAGCUAGAGUAAAAUUAGGGAGCCUUUCGGAAUUUCUCACCACAUCUUUCUACACGUAUCUGACCUUCCUUGAUCCAGACUGCGAUGAGAAGUUGUUUGAUGAUGACAGCGAAGAGAACUUCAGUCCUGAUAGUGACUCAGAGCUGGGAGGAUAUUUGGAAGACACCUACAAUCAAGAAAGCCAGGAUGAACUUGACCAGUAUAUCAAUCACCUCCUGCAGAGCACAUCCUCGAAGUGCUAUCUGCCCCCUCUUUGUAAGAAGACUUCGGAAGACAGCCAUGUUUUCAGUGCCAUCCACUCCACUCGGGAUAUACUUUCCUUAAUGGCGAAAGCAAAGGGUUUGGAAUUUCCAUUUGUUCCCAUGACUCUGCCAACUAAAGUUCUAAGUGCCCACCGUAAAUCACUAAAUCUUGUUGAUUCUCCUCAGCCACUCCUAAAAAAGACCCCUGAAGAUGAAUUCAAGUGGCCCAGAGAUGACCAUGGUGACGUAGACUGUGAGAAGCUGGUCGAGCAGCUGAAAGACUGUUCGAACCUACAGGACCAAGCUGACAUUCUAUACAUUCUGUAUGUGGUAAGGGGCCCCGACUGGGACACAAAUCUUUCCGGACAGCAUAGGGUGACCGUUCACAACCUCCUCAGCGAGCUCUAUGGGAAAGCCGGCCUGAACCAGGAGUGGGGUUUGAUUCGCUACAUCUCUGGCCUGCUCAGGAAGAAAGUAGAGGUGCUGGCUGAGGCCUGCACAGACCUGCUGUCACACCAGAAGCAGCUCACAGUGGGCUUACCUCCAGAGCCCCGGGAGAAAAUCAUCUCUGCGCCUCUUCCCCCCGAGGAGCUCACUGAACUCAUCUACGAAGCCAGCGGGCAGGACAUCAGCAUCGCCGUUCUCACACAGGAGAUUGUGGUCUACCUGGCCAUGUACGUCAGGGCACAGCCCAGCCUCUUCGUGGAGAUGCUCAGGCUCCGGAUCGGACUGAUCAUUCAAGUGAUGGCCACGGAGCUGGCACGGAGCCUGAACUGUUCAGGAGAGGAGGCUUCUGAAAGUUUGAUGAACCUCAGCCCUUUUGAUAUGAAGAAUCUCCUGCACCAUAUUCUUAGUGGAAAAGAGUUUGGCGUUGAAAGAAGCGUGCGGCCUAUCCAUUCCUCUACAUCCAGCCCUGCCAUCUCCAUCCAUGAGGUGGGACAUACUGGAGUCACCAAAACGGAGAGGAGUGGCAUUAACAGGCUGAGAAGUGAGAUGAAACAGAGGUCCAGCACCCCAUCCUCGCCCACUGGCACAUCGUCAUCAGACUCAGGCGGUCAUCACAUUGGCUGGGGGGAGCGGCAGGGUCAGUGGCUGCGCAGGAGAAGGCUGGACGGGGCUAUCAACAGGGUACCCGUGGGAUUCUACCAGAAGGUGUGGAAGAUCCUUCAGAAGUGCCAUGGUCUUUCCAUCGAUGGUUACGUGCUCCCAUCCUCAACAACGCAAGAGAUGACCCCACAGGAGAUCAAGUUUGCUGUCCACGUGGAGUCGGUGCUCAACCGAGUGCCCCAGCCCGAGUACCGACAGCUGCUGGUGGAGGCCAUCAUGGUGCUGACGCUGCUCUCAAGCACGGAGAUGAACAGCAUCGGCGGCAUCAUUCACGUGGACCAGAUUGUGCAGACGGCCAACCAGCUGUUCCUGCAGGACCAGAUGUCAAUUGGAGCCAUGGACACCCUGGAGAAAGACCAAGCCACGGGCAUUUGCCACUUCUUUUACGACAGCGCUCCGAGUGGGGCUUAUGGGACAAUGACCUACCUAACAAAGGCAGUGGCUUCUCAUUUGCAGGAAUUGCUGCCCAAUUCAGGCUGCCAGAUGCAAUAGUGCCUCAGCGCUCCGAGUCUGUCACCUGCCCCCUUGCCUCAUUGGAAACUUCCUUCUGUUCCCCAGAACCCCCUGUGCUGUCACAAAAGCAUGUCCUAUCAGAAACGCUGGCAAGGAGGAAAUGGCAGUGACUGACCUGAAACCAGUAUGUAUCCAAGCCACAGAAAGAGCCAAAGAAUCCUGCGCUCCCCCACGGAGUGGCAAGGGAUCAUUGUCUGGGUUCAUUUUGCUAGGACAUUUGUCACAGCAUCUGGUCUCCUGGAGCCUGAGGAGGAAGGAAUUGGAAACUGGUCUCUUUUGAGCGCAGAGUGAACUGAGAAGCCAGCUUAAAUUGGCUCUCACAUACAGUUACAAAAAUAGGUUCGAUGAGCUAGUGCACAUCUUAACGAUCCUCCAGCAGCAGUAGUUAGACGAGCGGCCCUUGACAAGGGGAGCAUCUUAACAGGAUGCAGUCUGUGGACCUGUUUACCAAAUAGAACAAGUCUGUCUCUCCGUGGAA